UCCCUCUCUCUAUGGUAUCUCCUUCUUCUCCAGUCCUCGCUGCCGCCGCUGCUCUCCCGCCUGCCUCGGUGUAUUUACCUCCUGUCACGUUCUGUCGCUCUCAGGCUCCGGCCCUCGCACCCACCAUGGGCCUCAGGUGAUAAACCGAGACGGCCGCCGGAUUCAGCGGGCGGGGAGCAGAGCUACCGGAGAGCGUGGAUUCCCGGGCCUGACCGCCCGUACCGGGGGCCUGAAUACCGGCAUAAAAGUCCGGUAACUUGAAGUUUGGAAGGACUCUUUCUGGACUCAGUCAAAAUGGAGAAUGGGGAGAAGAUCAACCAGGAGCAGGAAGAUGAGAUGGAGAUUUAUGGAUACAAUCUUUGCCGGUGGAAGUUGGCUUUGGUAGCUGUGGGUGUGCUAUGUACUGGAGGAUUUCUCCUCCUCCUUCUCUAUUGGAUGCCUAAGUGGCGCGUGAAAGCAACAUGCACUCGAAUAACAUUGAAGGAAUGUGACGUCGUGCUGCUGAGAACGACUGAUGAGUUCAGAACAUGGUUCUGUGCAAAAGUGCGAAUACGGCUGUGUCCAGGAACAGACCCCUUUCAAAGCCCUGAGUCCAUUGCAGGCAAAACGCUCAAUGGUCACACCGGCCACCUUCCUGAGAGUCCCACAGAGCACCAUGAAGAUCAUGCAGUGAACGCUACAGCAGUCCCACUAAACGAGGUUCGUUAUUUUGUGCAUCACAGUGUUACUUACUACUGGAACGAUUUGCACCAAGCAUUCAACUAUGUAACGGGUCUAGAUGAUAGGGCUUCAUGUGCUGCCAUACACACUGAGCACAGCAAAGGAUUAAGCAAAGAACUCCACGAUUAUAGAAAGUUAUUUUAUGGAAUAAAUGAAAUUACUGUUAAAGUGCCUUCUCUUUUUAAGCUUCUAGUAAAGGAGGUUCUCAAUCCUUUUUACAUUUUUCAGCUGUUCAGUGUUAUUUUGUGGAGCACAGAUGAAUACUACUACUAUGCAUCUGCCAUUGUGUUAAUGUCUGUAAUAUCCAUUAUUAGUUCUCUGUAUACCAUUAAAAAGCAAUAUAUAAUGUUACAUGACAUGGUUGCAGCUCACAGUAUUGUCAGAGUUACUGUGUGCCGCGCAAACCAAGAGGUUGAAGAAAUCAUGUCUACUGACCUUGUACCUGGGGACAUUUUGCUAAUCCCACCUAAUGGGACCAUUAUGCCAUGUGAUGCCGUCCUGAUUAGUGGAACCUGCAUUGUGAAUGAAAGCAUGUUAACAGGUGAAAGUGUGCCAGUGACCAAGACUAACUUGCCCGAUCCAUCUACAAAUUCCAGAGGAGUGGAGGAUGAACUCUUUAAUACAGAGGCUCACAAGCGUCACACUUUAUUUUGUGGAACCAAUGUCAUCCAAACCAGAUUUUAUGCUGGAGAACCUGUCAAAGCCAUAAUCGUCCGGACAGGGUUCAGCACUUCUAAAGGACAGCUUAUUCGUUCCAUACUUUAUCCAAAACCAACAGACUUCAAGCUUUACAGAGACGCCUACCUGUUCUUGCUAUGUCUUGUUGGAGUUGCUGGCAUUGGGUUCCUGUACACUGUUGUAAAUAGUAUUUUAAAUAAGGUCCCAGCCAACAUUAUUGUUAUCGAGUCCCUUGACAUUAUAACCAUCACAGUACCUCCUGCUCUUCCUGCUGCCUUGACUGCUGGGAUUGUGUAUGCACAAAGGCGUCUGAAAAAACUUGGCAUCUUCUGUAUCAGUCCUCAGCGAAUAAACAUUUGUGGGCAGUUAAACCUCAUAUGCUUUGACAAGACUGGCACUCUUACUGAAGACGGUUUGGACCUCUGGGGAAUCCAAAGAGUGGAGAAUGCUCAGUUCCUUUUGACAGAGGAAAAAGCUUGCAGCGAGAGCUUGGUUAAGUCUCAGUUUGUUGCCUGCAUGGCAACAUGUCACUCGCUCACAAAAAUUGAUGGAUUGAUUUCAGGUGACCCCCUCGACUUAAAAAUGUUUGAAGCCAUAGGAUGGAUUCUGGAAGAAGCCACAGAAGAAGAGACUGCACUUCAUAACAAAAUAAUGCCAACCGUUGUUAAACCUCCAAAACAACCCACCUCUGAGCAUAAGCCUGCUGACGGCGAAGAAAUGGAACUGUUUGAAUUGCAGACCUCAUAUGAAAUUGGAAUUGUGCGGCAGUUUCCUUUCUCUUCAGCUCUGCAGCGAAUGGCAGUGGUUGCCAAAGUAUUAGGAGAAAAACGCAUGGAUGCCUAUGUGAAGGGCGCCCCAGAAGUGGUAGCUAGCCUUUGCCGAUCAGAAACUGUUCCUUCUGACUUUGCAGCUGUGUUAGAGGACUACACAAAGCAGGGAUACCGUGUCAUUGCACUUGCACACAGAAAAUUAGAAGCCAAAAUUGCAUGGCACAAAGUACAAAAUAUUAGUAGAGAUGCCAUUGAAAACAACAUGACAUUCUUGGGUCUGAUCAUUAUGCAAAACAAACUGAAACCAGAAACUCCAGCUGUUCUUGAAGACCUUCGCAAAGCUAAUAUCCGUAUGGUCAUGGUCACAGGAGACAACAUGUUAACUGCAAUUUCUGUUGCUCGAGACUGCGGAAUGAUUCUACCUCAUGAUAAGGUUAUUGUAGCUGAAGCACUACCUCCUAAAGAUGGCCAAGCUGCCAAGAUUAAUUGGCACUAUGCAGACACCAUGCUAAGGAGCAAUUUGAAUGCAAUAAACCAGGAGGUUAUUCCUAUGAAGUCAGUAAAUUACAGUCUUGAAGAAAAUCAGGCAAUUGAUUACCAUUUUGCUAUGAAUGGAAAGUCUUUUGCAGUCAUCUUGGAGCACUUCCAGGACCUGCUUCCAAAGUUGGUAUUACAUGGUACAGUGUUUGCACGGAUGGCACCUGAUCAAAAGACACAGCUGGUGGAAGAGCUGCAGAAUGUAGAUUACUAUGUUGGCAUGUGUGGAGAUGGAGCAAAUGAUUGUGGGGCACUGAAGAGAGCUCAUGGAGGGAUAUCAUUGUCCGAAUUGGAGGCAUCUGUGGCAUCACCUUUCACAUCCAGGACUCCUAGCAUUGCCUGUGUACCAAACCUGAUACGGGAAGGACGUGCAGCAUUGAUUACAUCUUUCUGUGUGUUUAAAUUCAUGGCUUUGUACAGUAUUAUCCAGUACUUCACAGUUACUCUGCUGUAUUCUAUUCUCAGCAACUUGGGAGACUUCCAGUUUCUCUUCAUAGACCUGGCAAUAAUCUUGGUGGUGGUGUUUACAAUGAGUUUAAACCCAGCCUGGAAAGACUUGGUUGCACAAAGACCUCCCUCUGGUCUCAUCUCGGGACCCCUUCUCUUUUCUGUCCUCUCCCAAAUCGUUAUUUGCUUGACAUUUCAGACCAUGGCUUUCAUGUUGGUAAAACAAGAGCCCUGGUACGAGGUCUGGACCGGCAGCAGCAAUGCAUGUAAUGUCUCCAUGGAUGAUCACCAUGAAAAUGACACUAAUCAUGAUGAGCACAACAUCAGAAACUAUGAAAACACCACUCUCUUCUAUGUGUCCAGCUUCCAGUACCUCAUUGUGGCAGUUGCAUUCUCAAAAGGAAAACCUUUUCGCCAGCCUAGCUACAAAAAUUAUCUUUUUGUGAUUUCUGUAUUGGCUCUUUAUGCCUUAAUAUCAUUCUUCAUGCUGUAUCCAAUUGAAUCUGUUGACAACUUCUUAGAGUUGGUCUGUGUUCCAAUGAAAUGGCGCAUUGUGAUGGUCUUCAUUAUUAUUGGAAAUGCACUUACUUCCAUUUUGGUUGAGAAUAUCGUCCUUGAUAUCAUACUCUGGAAACUUGUGUUCAACCGAGACAAGCAGGGAGAGUCCCACAAGGUCACCCACCCCCCACAGGAAGCAAAUGAUCUCUGGGCAACGCGAUUCUUGUCCUCCUUAUGCUUCUGCAAAAAGAAGAUCCCGAAAGCCAAAUACAUGCACUUGGCACAGGAGCUGUUGGUCGAUCCAGACUGGCCCCCUAAGCCAAGAACAACUACAGAAGCUCAGCCCCCUGCCCUAGAGAAUGGCAGCUAUCAGAUUGUCACAAUGACGUAGCAGCCACUCGUUUUGGCUCUGUACUAUUCUAAUGGUUAAAGCGCUGGGUGGGAUGUCUGCAAUGCUUUGUGGAGCAGAGCCCGUUACUAGAACUUUCGUAAUGGCUCCAUUCACACAAGUCUGUGUACGGAAUGUCUGAAUGGAUAACUUUGCAAAGACUUCAGAAAUGAGUUCAUUUUUUUUAUCACUGCAGCACUCAGUGUGUUGAUGGUGAAGGGAGCAGCAAUCACAUUUUGGGACCAUUGGUUUUCAUGCUUUCAAAUACUGUAAUAGUGAUAUUUUUUUUAUUUUUUUUUAUUUUUUUCAAUCUCUCCUUCCUUCUAAAUUCCCAUAAACCCCAAAUAAAAACAACUUGCAGGGAAUAGUAACAUGGCAGGAGGUUCUGGUGACCUGUCAAUGUUGUCAAAACCUCAAAAGAUAUAGAAAUUGUAUUUUGUUAUGGGGAAAAAUGAAGUCUGCUUUUCCCGGCCAGUCUGUGUCCUGCUGAAAGUCUAGUGCCCCAUCUCUUCUGACAUGUGUAUGCUAGUAACUGCUAGCAUUCAUCAUGCAAUAACUAUUUUGGAGCAUCUUUUUACUACGCUGUGUUGUGCCAUUCAUCUAUUAUUCCUCCUAGAAGUUUAAUGAAUUGCCAACUUUGCUUUACCAGUUGGAGGUAUGUCUGCACAGUUAGCACUGAUUGACGACAUCUGGUAAUACACUUCUAGUAGGAAUAAUAGAGGAACAUAACGACAUACAGUUCUAUGAAAAGAUGUUACAGAAUAGUUAUUGCAUGGGGUAUAAAAUUAUUUAUUAAUACAGAUGUCAGGAGUGGUGACAGGUCCUCGUUAAAUCAUACAUCUGCCCUACUUGUAUGUCUGCAUGAACUAAAAACUUGUGUUAAACACCAAAGAAUCAUUUAUACCCCAGUCUGUACUUCCCAUUAAUUUACAUUUUUAAGAGUCCAUCAGAGGUUAAUUUUUAGUUUUUUUUUUUUUCUAAUUACACCUAUUUUUCACAGGAUAUGUAUUGCUCACCGAAUCCAUCAAGUGUUUGCACUAGAAAACAUUUCUGAAUUCUUUGGAAUAUGAUUUAGAAAGCGAGUAAAUGUUUUACAAAUGUACAAAUGAAACUUCUCUAUUUUUAUUUUUAUUUUUUCCUGCUAGAUCUAUGCAUUUCAGACCUUAGAGCUGUGAAUUUUGCAGUGUUCAGUUCUGAUACUGUCCAUGAAAAAGGAUCUGUUCCUCUUCUCUAUGCUCAUCCUCCAGGCACUAAAGAGUUAAAGAUUGGCAUAAACCACAGCACAUUUGCACCUGUGCAAGAUGCAUGGGAAUUUCUUGUCCGUUCUUGGACAGGAAUUUCCUUAAAACAUGUUCCUUAAUGAUCUAAACAGUAUACAACAAGGAUCAGCAACCUCCGGCAUGCCACCUGAGCAGCAGCUGGAGUGCCAAAGGUUGCUGACCGACCCCCUGGUAUACAACAUGAUAUAGAUAACAGUAUUAUCUUACCUUAAUGUAUAUUUCUUGAGCAAUUACAUUAUAUAAUACGUGCGGCGUGAGAUACAGCAGGACUGAAUCAAUAUUUUAACUUUUGUGGAUUGCUUCAGCACAGUUCAGUUGAAGCAUAUAGUGUACAUACACGUGUUUUCGCACCAAAAACCGCUUGUGUUAUUGCAGUUUUUGUUGUGAAUUUGAUGCCACAGAUAUCGCCCCUUCAUUGCAAAGGGUGAAAUCUGGAGAGAGAAAAAAAUCUCGCAUAGAAGUGACAUGCUGUGGUUUUCAAAAUCCACACUGAGGGUGAAUUUCCGCAUGGAUGGAAAAAUAUCAAAGUGUAAAUGAGAUUUGUGAAACCCCAUACGCUUUGCUGGCUCUGUACUACACUGCGGUUUUACUUGGAGAUCCACAACGUGUAUUUUGACAGUGCUCGCCGUCACUUGCUUAACAUGCGCAACCACUAGUUUGAGUGGAAGAUACAGGGUGUUUCAGUUAGCUUGCACCUCCCUGUAAAAGCACUCAAUUACCAUUGUGGAAUCUGAGUUGUGCUAUUCAACACAUUUACCUCUUCUAAAUCUGCUUGUACAGUAUCUUGCUAGGUUAUUGGUUUACAUUUUUUUGAAGGUCAUUCUUACCUGUGCCUCUGUCAUCUCAGGGACCUCUGUGUUCAGGGAGGAUUUAUUUUCUGUAUGUAUUCUGCACCCCAUCCAUGUACAGCUGUAUAACCUGUCUGUGGACACAGGAGAUCUGUGACCAGUCCUGAUUUCCCCAUCAGCGUGCAUCUUUGGUUCCAUUUUUAUGCUAAAUUCACUGGAGUACAAAGAGAUGAGCUGUGCCAUAGAUCUGGUGGUAGUUUCUACCACAGACAAAAGGAUUGGAUAGGACAAAUGUGUUUUUUAGUGGAGAUCUCAUCCUGGGGCCCUAUUAAUCUAGUCAUACAAAUUGGCAGUUUCUGUUGAUCAUCUUUUCAAAUGGUAGCAUGAUGUCUGUGUACUAAAAAAUGUAAUCGCGCAGGUUGUUGUCGCUUGGAACUGCGUGUGUAGCAUAUAAAAUGGGCUCUCUGGUCAGUUUAUUCUGGUGUGUUGCUGGUGGGAUCGUUGAUAUGAAUGAUCCCUCGGGCGACUGAUCGCUGCAAAGUUGUCUUGUGUAUGGCCAGCUACUUUACACGAACCAAGGAUCAGCUGAGCAAACUUCCCACUUGUUGGCUUAUCGCAUCCUUCAUGCAGCUCUAAAAAUGCUCAUUUGUGGGCAGCACAUAGCUCUGUGUAAACAGGGAUGUGCUGCCUACCAACGCUGGCACCGUAUGGGGAUGAACACUCGCAGUACCCUUGAUUGCUGCAUUUAAAUGCAGCAAACAAGAGGGCAGUGAACUGAAAUGAGGAAGUGCUAUUGGCCGAUGUAAAAGGGCCCAGAGAGCUACCCGACUCUACAGAUGUAGCAUUUGCCAAGCGAACAGCCAUGACCAUUUAUGGGGCUGACCACUUUCUUAUGAAUUUUCAGAAGUGACCUAACCUUAUGUGUACUGGCAUGCGAAACUGUAAAGCACAUCAUUCCUUACCGCAGCAGGCACCUAGAAGUGUUUUCGCCCACCCACACACGCUGCCCAUGGAUCUCCUUGUAAACAGCACAUGCACAGCUACAGGAGGUUAUGCUG